AUGCUUCUGAGCCCCGUCACCUCCACCCCCUUCUCGGUCAGUGACAUACUGAGACGCGAGCGCGAACCGUUUGGCGCCGAGGCCUGGCCACUCCGGGGCGCGCGAGGAAACCUGGAGAGUUCGCAGUAUCUGCCCCUGAACCCCGGUCUGGCGGAGUCGGAAGUUCAGAGCGCGGGUCACAGUGGCCACGAUGGCCACAGGAGCCAGGACGAGGCGGAGCCCUCCAGGGGUCCCUGUGAGACGAUCCCCGACGUGGACGAGGAGCGGAAAGGGAACUCCGAGCCCGGCCUCGGCGCGGCCCUGGCCCUCGGCGGCGGGACCCCGGUGCCAACCGGCGGCGCUGGCGACGGCGGCGACGGCCCCCAGCAGCCCCCGGCGCGGCCGCGGCGAAAGCCCCGCGUGCUCUUCUCGCAGGCGCAGGUGCUGGCGCUGGAGCGGCGCUUCAAGCAGCAGCGCUACCUGUCGGCGCCCGAGCGCGAGCACCUGGCCAGCGCGCUGCAGCUCACGUCCACGCAGGUCAAGAUCUGGUUCCAGAACCGGCGCUACAAGUGCAAGCGCCAGCGGCAGGACAAGUCCCUGGAACUGGCGGGCCACCCGCUAGCGCCUCGCCGGGUGGCGGUGCCGGUGCUGGUGCGGGACGGCAGGCCCUGCCUGGGCGCGGGCGCCGCCGCCUUCCCCGGGCCCUACGGCCCGCCCCCCGCGCCCUUCCCCUGCUACGGCGGCGGCUACGCGACCGCUCCCUGCGGCGCGGGCUACGGCGGCGGCUACGCGGGGGCGCCCCCCGGCUCGGCGCCGCCCGCGCCCCUGGCCGCCCUGGGUUUCCCGGGAGACGGCGCGAACGCCGGACCCCAGGGCCCUCUCCCCGCUGCGCUGCAGGGGGUCAGGGCCUGGUGA